AUGUUGUGUGUUAUUUUUUUUCAGGCAAGGCAGUGAAAUAAAGAGCUGUCGUACAGGAGAUAAGAAAAGAAGGAAAAGUAAAGAGAGAGAUCAACUUUCUCAGAAGUUAUUUAUACAAAGGUGUUGCUUGAGAGUUGAAUGAACAGUCCUUUGUACUUUCUUUAAAGGAUCAAUAUUUCAAGAUGUGUGAAGGAGAAGGGUCGAACUGACAAGCUGUCUUGAUGCACUGGUAUUCUAACUAUGACUGGAUUGACUGAAAAUUGCCUCAAAGAAUAAGGUUUCUUGUCUAUAUUUACAUAACUACUGCAAGCUAUCUAGUCUUACGAAGUUGAACUUCAUUCUUCAAGUGUGAUUUACUCAGUACAGCUUAAAAUCAUGAUGAAAAAGAUGAGCAUAUCUACAAGCAAAACUUCCCUGGUCCUCUUUCUGUGCCAAAUUAUUUCUGCACUGGAUGUACCUCUUGACUCAAAACUUCUUGAAGAAUUGUCACAACCUCCUACGAUAACUCAGCAAUCUCCAAAAGAUUACAUUGUUGACCCUCGAGAGAAUAUUGUAAUACAGUGUGAAGCCAAAGGAAAGCCACCUCCUAGCUUCUCCUGGACGCGCAAUGGAACUCAUUUUGAUAUAGAUAAAGAUGCCCAGGUAACAAUGAAACCAAAUUCAGGGACUCUUGUCAUAAAUAUUAUGAAUGGUGGGAAAGCAGAAGCGUAUGAGGGAGUUUACCAGUGUACAGCAAGGAAUGAAAGAGGAGCAGCCAUUUCCAACAAUAUCGUUGUGAGGCCUUCUAGAUCGCCUUUGUGGACGAAAGAAAAGCUGGAACCAAAUCAUGUUCGCGAAGGUGAUUCCCUAGUGCUGCACUGCAGACCUCCUGUUGGCUUGCCACCACCUAUCAUAUUUUGGAUGGAUAAUGCUUUCCAAAGGCUGCCUCAAAGUGAAAGAGUUUCCCAAGGUCUAAAUGGAGAUCUUUAUUUUUCUAAUGUACAACCAGAGGACACCCGGGAGGACUAUAUCUGCUACGCAAGAUUUAAUCACACACAAACAAUACAGCAGAAACAACCCAUAUCUGUAAAAGUCUUUUCAAUGGAUUCAUUGAAUGACACUAUAGCUGCUAAUUUGAGUGACACUGAUAUUUUUGGUGCAAAGCCAGUUACAGAAAGGCAGCCAGUUCUUCUAACACCAACAGGUAGCACAAGUACCAAAGUGGAACUCAGAGGAAACGUGCUUUUGUUGGAGUGCAUUGCAGCAGGAUUACCCACACCAGUAAUCCGCUGGAUCAAGGAGGGUGGGGAACUGCCAGCCAACAGAACAUUUUUUGAAAACUUUAAGAAAACUCUCAAGAUUAUAGAUGUUUCAGAAGCUGACUCUGGGAACUACAAAUGUAUAGCAAGAAAUGCAUUAGGUUCAGUUCAUCAUGUGAUUUCAGUAACUGUGAAAGCUGCUCCGUACUGGAUAACAGCACCCAGAAACUUGGUAUUGUCUCCUGGAGAAGAUGGAACAUUGAUCUGCAGAGCUAAUGGCAACCCAAAGCCUAGUAUAAGCUGGUUAGCAAAUGGUGUUCCCAUAGCAAUUGCUCCAGAAGAUCCUAGCAGGAAGGUGGAUGGUGACACCAUUAUUUUCUCACAUGUGCAAGAAAGGUCAAGUGCUGUGUAUCAGUGCAAUGCUUCUAAUGAAUAUGGAUACUUGCUAGCAAAUGCGUUUGUGAAUGUUCUGGCCGAGCCACCAAGAAUUCUAACUCCUGCUAAUAAACUGUAUCAAGUCAUUGCAGACAGCCCUGCAUUGCUGGACUGUGCUUAUUUUGGGUCACCUAAGCCUGAAAUUGAAUGGUUCAAGGGAGUGAAAGGUAGCAUCUUGCGUGGAAAUGAGUACGUUUUCCAUGAUAAUGGAACCUUGGAAAUUCCAGUGGCUCAGAAGAAUAAUGCUGGUACAUACACAUGUGUAGCAAGGAAUAAAUUAGGAAAGAUACAAAAUGAGGUGCAGUUGGAAAUUAAAGAUCCAACAAUGAUCAUUAAACAGCCAGAAUACAAAGUGAUUCAGAGAUAUGGCCAGGUUUCUUUUGAGUGUAUAAUAAAACAUGAUUCUACCUUACUACCAACAGUUACAUGGUUGAAGGACAAUGAUGAACUGCCAGAUGAUGAAAGGUUUCUAGUUGGUAAAGACAACUUGACCAUUAUGAAUGUAACUGAUAAAGAUGAUGGAACAUACACUUGCAUAGUUAAUACUACUCUGGACAGUGUUUCAGCAAGUGCUGUGCUUACUGUUGUUGCUGCUCCCCCAACACCAGCUAUCAUUUACGCUCGGCCAAAUCCACCCUUUGACUUGGAGUUGACAGGUCAGCUAGAAAGAAGCAUUGAUCUCUCAUGGUUACCAGGGGAUGAAAACAACAGUCCCAUUACAAGCUUUGUGAUCGAGUUCGAGGACGCGCUGCACGAGCCGGGCGUGUGGCGCUACCAGACGGAGGUGCCUGGCUCCCAGACCACGGCGCAGCUCAAGCUGUCUCCCUACGUCAACUACUCCUUCCGCGUGAUCGCCGUCAACAGGAUUGGCAGGAGCCAGCCCAGUGAGCCGUCUGAGCAGUACCUGACAAAAUCUGCAAGCCCUGAUGAAAAUCCUGCUAAUGUACAGGGGAUAGGCUCAGAACCUGAUAAUUUGGUAAUAACAUGGGAGCCUUUAAAAGGUUUUCAGUCUAAUGGACCAGGGCUUCAGUACAAAGUCAGCUGGCGCCAGAAAGAUGUUGACGAUGAAUGGACAUCUGUUAUAGUUGCAAAUGUAUCUAAAUAUAUUGUGUCUGGUACACCAACUUUUGUUCCAUAUGAAGUAAAAGUGCAAGCUUUAAAUGACUUGGGGUAUGCACCAGAGCCAUCAGAGGUGAUUGGACAUUCAGGGGAAGACUUGCCAAUGGUUGCUCCAGGCAAUGUGCAGGUUCAUGUUAUUAACAGCACAUUGGCAAAGGUGCAUUGGGACCCAGUUCCACUAAAAAGUGUCCGAGGACACCUUCAAGGGUACAAAGUUUACUACUGGAAAGUGCAGAGUCUAUCCAGAAGGAGUAGACGACAUGUAGAAAAAAAGAUCUUGACUUUCAGGGGAAACAAGACUUUUGGAAUGUUACCAGGGCUAGAGCCCUAUAGUUCCUACAAGCUGAAUGUCAGAGUUGUUAAUGGUAAAGGAGAAGGACCAGCAAGCCCAGACAAAGUAUUUAAGACCCCUGAAGGAGUUCCUAGUUCACCUUCCUUUCUGAAGAUUACUAACCCAACAUUGGACUCUUUGACUCUGGAGUGGGGUUCACCCACCCAUCCAAAUGGUGUUUUGACAUCAUAUACACUGAAGUUUCAGCCAAUCAACAACACACAUGAGUUGGGUCCCUUGGUAGAGAUAAGAAUUCCUGCCAACGAGAGCAGCUUGAUAUUAAAAAAUUUAAAUUACAGCACCCGGUACAAGUUUUACUUUAACGCACAGACUUCAGUUGGAUCAGGAAGUCAGAUAACUGAGGAAGCAGUAACAAUUAUGGAUGAAGCUGGUAUUCUCCGCCCUGCUGUAGGUGCAGGCAAAGGAUAUUCAGAAAUCCUUUUUGCAACUUCCCCAGUCAUGCAUACUGUCCGUCCAACAUUCUAUAAGGUUCAACCACUUUAUCCAAGGAUCAGAAAUGUUACAACAGCUGCUGCUGAGACCUAUGCCAAUAUCAGUUGGGAGUAUGAGGGACCAGAUCAUGCGAACUUUUAUGUUGAAUAUGGUGUAGCAGGCAGCAAAGAAGAUUGGAAAAAAGAAAUUGUAAAUGGUUCUCGAAGCUUCUUUGUCUUAAAGGGUUUAACACCAGGAACAGCAUAUAAAGUCCGGGUUGGUGCUGAGGGCCUGUCUGGUUUUAGGAGUUCAGAGGAUGUGUUUGAGACAGGUCCAGCAAUGGCAAGCCGGCAGGUAGACAUCGCUACUCAAGGAUGGUUCAUUGGUCUCAUGUGUGCCGUUGCUCUUCUGAUCUUGAUUUUACUGAUUGUUUGCUUCAUAAGGAGGAAUAAGGGUGGCAAGUAUCCAGUGAAGGAAAAGGAGGAUGCACAUGCUGAUCCAGAAAUACAACCUAUGAAGGAAGAUGAUGGAACAUUUGGUGAAUACAGGUCCAUGUCUGCUUGGACAGGAAAGAAACUGGACAAGGAAAAGAGAACAAAAGGUAGCUGUGCCAAUUCUGCUGAAGCAAACCCUGUCUUUACCAAAGCAAAGUCUGUGAGAUCUGACAGACCCAACUUCUUCAGAAGGUCAGGGGAUCAAUACUCCAGCACCAGAUCAGAGACCUCCUACACCAGGAGGAGGGCUAGGCAGUCUUCAGAGCUUACAAGGGUUAGUUCUGUCUCUGCUUCCCUCUGCCAAGAGGAAAAGAGGUCAGACAAAUGGAAGUACAGGCAUGGCUCUAGACAUCAUGCUUCUGAGCAACACAUAAUGGGGUCGGAGGAGGGCUCAGAUUCUCAGGCAGGACAGCCAUCCCCUUUCCAGACACCCCUCAGCUGCAACUCAGUUGGUGGCUUACUGGCAAGGCAGCAUUCUUCUCUCCAGCACUGGUGCAGCCAGACCCCAGACUGCAGCUCAGACUCAGACGACACACAGAGCUCCUGCCACAGGAAGGUAAGACCUUCUACUGCUACUCACUUCUCCGAAUCUGAAAAGAAUUCACUAAUGAAGUCUGUAAUCUUGCCUGAGCUGGCCACUGUCUUAAAGGAUGCUUUGACAGCAGCCAGACAAAGCAUAACAUCUGUGGCACAGGCUAGGACCCAUUCAGUGAAGCAUCCCAGGAUACCAAUUGCAGAAGUUCCACUGGUUCCUUUAGAAGCAUCUGGGAGCAGUUCCCAGAUUUCUGAGUUUGAUCAUAUGGACAGCUUAAAAUAUCAAACAGCUCCUGGGAAGGAGAAACCUGAGGCUGACAAGGCCUUGGAGGUUGAAUCAGCCCCUGAAGAUGGGGAGGUGGCAUCUGAGUCCCCUACAGAAGAUCCAGAAGGACCAGAUCCUCUGCGUAAAUUUGACAUGGAGAAUCAGAAUUACCUUUUUGAACACAUAAAGAGGGUGCUAAUGUUAAAAUCUUCCAAAUCUGAAUGUGCCUCUGAAGAACUAUUUAUUCCCUCUGAAGAAGGCAAGGUAGAUAAUGCACUUCCUAUCCAUUCUGCUGUGGAAGAUCUUGUCUGCAGGAUUUGGGGAAAUCCAGAAGGCAAGCAUGAAGCCCCACCAAUCCUACAUAAGCUCUAUCCUUUUCCAGUGGAUAAAGCUGCUUUGUGGGGGACCUUGCCUGAGGUGGACAGAGUAUUGGUUACUGGUAAUUCUGUACUGUCAGUGCCUGAUAAUAGAGGUGCUCUCCCUAAAGAUCCUACUGACAGAAAGAUUGAGGAAGCAAUUAAAAGAUCUUUUAAGCUAGUUGCAGCCCAGCUUGGAGUAUCUAUCUACUGCACUUAUGCUUCUAAAGCUUUACUAAUAUGGUUAGAGGAAGAACAAGCUAGAUUCAAAAAGAAAUGGGUCCCAUCUGGUGCCAUGCAGAGAAAACGCAGGCUGUGUAAAAUUGCAGCUAAUUUUAUCCACGAUGCAGCUGAGGAUUCUCUCAGACUCACUGUUAAAAAUGUGGCAUGCCUCACUGUAGCCUGGAGAGCUCUCUGGCUGCGUCCUUGGAGCUCACCACUAGAUCUGAAAUGUAAACUGCUGUCCUUGCCAUACACAGGGGGCAAGCUGUUUGGUGAAUCCUUAGUCCAGAUCAUGAAGGAUGUCUCAGAACACAAGCACUACUUACGUCAGAGGAAAAAAAAGAGCUCGGCUGGAAGCUCUUCCUGUUCUCCUCACAAGGGUGUGAGUUCCUUGCGUUCUCCUCCAAAGUUCAAAGGAGGGAAGGGAAAGUAUAAGGUCUCACAGUCAUUUCAUGCCAAGUAUGAAAAGACAUCUCACUUUCAGAGAGAUAUCAGACCAUCAAGAGGAACUUUCUAAGAACAUAGACUUCCUAGUUUCACAGGAGCCGAGAAGUGUGGAAAGACAUGGAAAUGUUUCAGUAUUUCUGGACAAAUAAACCCAGUGCUUAGAAAAUUAGUUGUUUCCAAGUAAGAUUUAAAUUAUGAAGUUACUUAAAUCUUAAUGACUAAUUAAGCUAGAGAAAUCAUAGCUCUCAAAUCCCCUCUCUUUAGGGGAGGCUUUUUCCCCAUUCCAUUUCUAGGCUUCCUAGUGGUCUUGGGAUGGUUUGGAUUUGUUUGAAGUUUUGCACUCCUCAAUGUCAACUAAGAGAAUACUUUCUGUGUGAGAGCUGGCUGGUCUGCAGGACCAGACAACAAUCAGAUUUUUUCUGCCAUAUUGAUCUAGUGAAGGAAAUAAUGCUUUAGGAAAUGCAGGUGUUUCAGGAACUAUGGAAUGACUAUGGAUGCUAUAUUCCUGUGAUUGGAUGGAUUCCUUCAUUUUUACAUAAUAAGGGAAAACAGUGCCUCUGUAGCAAUUUUCUCUGCACUCUCAGUGGUUUUCUGAGUUGUAGAAGACUGAGACAGUAAAUUGUGGACAGUCAUUGUCUACACCAAGAACCUGCAAGAAACAGAAUAACUACCACAGAUGUGUGUUGAGGUCAGUGUAGGUGUAAAAAUCAGCCUAAAUUUUCCUCUUGGUCCAUAAAUGGAGAGAAAUUAAGGAGUUAUGACAGCUACAGACCUGUGAGUUCAUGGGUAGGAAGACUGGAAGCAAACAACUACAAGUGAAGGACGAAAGUCCAGUGGUCUGCAGAAUGUUCUUAAGAAGAUGAAACAGGAUAAGGCAACUACAGUGGAUGGAUUGAUAGUGUGGUAACACAGGAAAUUUGCACAUUUUUUUGCCUCUUUUCUUCAAUAUUUUGACACUGUUAUUUUUCCUAGAAAUUCUAGGAUAUGCUGUGAGACACUGUGGCAGAGUGUUCUGGGAUUGCUAGAUAAUAUAUUACUCUUCCCUCUUCUGAGCUAUCUAACAAUGAAAAUAAAGUUUGUAACCACAAUUGUGGGGGUUUUCUCUUGUAGUUACUUAACUUGCAGCUUAGGUGUGUUUCCCUAGGGACCUAGCCAUGAUUUGUGCCUCAGGACUGUAAUUCUAAGCUUGGUCCCUUGCAGAACAAGAGGUUAUCUCAGUGGACUGCCUGAAGAACUGAACAGUCCAAUUGGAUUUGGCAGUAGUCUUACUGUAUUCUAAUUUACACACAUGUACUUUCUUUGACAAUUCUUUUUUUAAUUCUUGAAUACUUGUGUGGUUAACAACUUUUUCAGCACAUUGCUUUUUAAAGCCAGGGCUUUAUCACCCUGUUUUUUCAGCUUCUGUCAGGAUUGAAGAUUGAGUAUUACAGAGAUGUUAAUGAAAAACUACUCAGAAGUCUAAUAUAGGUGUGCUUAAAUAAGAAAUAGUAAAAUGGUUUGAAGUCUGGAUUGACUGUAGUAAUAUUAGGACUCACAGUCCUAAUAAUUUAAGUGUCAGCAGAAACCUCUUAAGUAUAGGGACAGAUUCCCCUGGAGAAUGCAGGGAAGCCAUAGAGGAAGGAAUUUCUGUGGCUUUACCUAAUUGCUUUUACAUAAACAUUUCUGGGCUAUUGACCUGAGGUCACAGUAAAAGGAAUUUACUGCCAACAGUUUUCAUCUUCUGCAUCCACUUUCUGUGUCUCACAGCCCAGAAUGUUUUUCCCACUUUGUUGCAUGUUGCCUUUCACCUGACAGUUGUGCUGUGAGGAAAAGUAGUAUAUUGCUAACCAUAUAUUGAGUCUUUUUGCAUGUCUAAGAAUGUGGCAAAGUUUAGUUGGGAACUAGUUGCCUGCUGGACUGCAGAGGCAUCGUAAAAGUGUCUUCCCCAUUCUGACUGGUUGCUGCAUGUACCCAUGUCUAAGGAAGAAAAAUUGAAAAGUUGAAAGAAGAAAGGAGAUUUCAAGGUACAUAUUUCUUUCAAUAACUGAUAAGCUUGUGAAAUGGAAUUACUUUUUUUAAACAAAUAAAUUUGUACUUUGCACUAAUAUUAUUGCUACCUUCAUACUUCAUAUAUCUCUUAAUAAUUAACUUCAAGUUUGAGAUGUGUUUCAUUAAACUAAGAAGAAAAAGAAACAUUCAUAUAAUAGCAAUCAUUAAUGAUUUAUAUUUAAAUCAUGCUUUUAGAAUAUGCUUUAAUAUUAAACACUUUUCUUACUGAAAAAAUGUGCAUGGUACAUAUAAGUACUUAUCAAAAUGAUUGGUACAUGUGAAUCUUCUUUGAGAAAUUUGCAUCCCUAAAAAAUGCUAGUAUGGAAUUUAUUUUUACAGCAAAAAAUAGUAAAAGUAUGCUACACUUAACUUCCAUGGCUCUAAAAAAAGCAUACCCAUUCUCAUCUCAUGUUUGGUUCCCAUCAACUAUUGUUUUCUGACUAUUAAUUAUAUGCACUGCAUAAAUGAUGCUUUAAAAAACUUCUUCUUUACCACUGUAAUUUUAGUCAACCCAAUUUGCACUUUAUUUUUUAAUAUCACAAUAUUACAUUAGGUAUGUAAUUGAAGUCAGCAAGCAAAACCCCAAACAGAAACAGAAAGAAACUAUGGUUUAUCCUGAUUGCAGUUUGGAAUAGUUUUAUGAACAGUUGCAAGCAAGGUUGGCAAACCUUGUGGGUACAGUAUCAAAAUUUAUGGCUUUACCAUGUUUUGGCAAUAUAACAUUAUAUAUUCUACUGUCUAAAGUGUUCUAUAGCUCUUCCUAAUGUAAUUCAGCAGUUUUUGUAGUUUGCUUCUUGGCAGGAAACAGAUAAUACAUUCAUUUUGCCAGACCACCAGAGCCCCUCCUCUGUUUUGAAUCCCCAGGGUAGCAAAAGUCUUGUCCAAAACAUUGAUGUGUUCACUUUUUUCUCCUUUUCCUAUUUGUUUGGGUUUUUUCUCAAUUUCUUUUUCUUCCACCCAAAACACUGUGUUCAUCUUAAGAGUCAUAAUCCAGUUUGAUACAGAAAAAAUGGUACCAUGGCAAAUGUUACCUUUUCUGAACCAGGAGUGUCAAGCAUCUUGGAUAAUCCCACUUGUUUUUCCCACUGCCAGAGUCCUGACAGAACCUCUCUCUAGACUUCUGUAGUGCAACAAGUGAAGGAAUCCCCGGGUUCAGAUUUGAUUUUUGCAAUUUCUGUGACUAUGCUCUCACACCAGUACCCACCUCCAUGUAGUUACACUCCUGGUAAAUCUGCAGUUUUGUUUGCUUUC